AUGGGCGAAGAGGCCAGCCCGUCGUUUAGGAAAGACGCGGACGCCUCCUACGAUGAUGGGUACAGCGAAGGAGGUUCCUUUAGUGGGAGGGACAGCUACAUGGACGAGACCGAAGGCGGCAUGCGUAAUUUUGACUUCGAUCCGGAGCAUCCAGCAAGGGGAGCGCCGAGCUUUGCAGGAUCAGGGAAGGCGAAGGAGGAGGGCAUAGGAUCGCUGGCGAGGCUGGUGGAGGCCCUGGAGAUGUAUGACAACCCGCACUUUGACUCCUACGUGUCAGAGGAGCAGGACGGAUCGCUGGGGGCAGGCCGGGGCAGCAUCCACCCCUUCGGAAGUAUGCGCCUGGGCGAUGACAUGGACGGGGAUGACAAGGCGCUGCUUGGCGGCGGCGGCAUGCGCAAGGGAGGAUACGCAAAGAGCUGCGAUUCCUUCGGCUACGCAGCGGAGAUGAACCCAAAGCUCAAGGGCAAGAAGGUGCCUCUGCUUGACGAGGAGCCGACGGAUGAGUAUGUGCCGCCGCCCUUCAAUGCAAAUGCCCCCCAGGGAGCGGAGGCGAUGGAGCGAGGUGAGAGCGGCGAGGGACUGGAGGGGGAGGGUGAGUGGCCAAGGCGGCCCUUCAAGCGCGGAUGGAAGUUUAACGCCGUGGGCAUGACCCUGAUGUCCAUCUUUGUGCUGGCGCUGGGCUUCUACCUGUGGGUCCGCAUCACCAAGACCCUUGACCUGGGCCAGUACACCUGGUAUGGGUGGAUGGUGCUGAUCGUGGAGAUGCUGGGAGCCACCUCCACCAUUUUGUAUGGCAUGAACAUCAUUCUGGACCCUGUGCAUGAGAAGCUGGAAAUGGAGGAGGGCAGCCCUGGCAUUACAAAGACGAAGUGGCGCUACCAUGUGCGCGUGCUGGUGCCGUGCUACAAGGAGCCGCUGGAGAUCACUGCGCGCACGGUGCAGGCGGCCUAUAACGCCAAGCUGCCUGCCGGCUGCGACCUCACCAUCUACCUCUGCGACGAUGGCAAGGACCCCCUGAAGCGCAAGUGGUGUGAGCAGAUGGGCCCAGAGAUCAUCUACGUGAGCGGGCGCAUGAGGAAGUCAGGCGAGAUGAAUGGCAAGUCAGCCAAUCUGAACAACUGCCUGUCCCACAUCUACCCUGUGGGCACGCCCAUCCCCGCCAACGAGAUCACCUGCAUCUUCGAUGCCGACCAGGUGGCCAACCCGGACUUUUUCCUGAAGACGCUGCCGCUGUUUGACGCGGGCGACGAUGUGGGCAUGGUGCUGUCGCCCCAGGCCUUCAACAACCUGAACCCCAGCGCGGACAUCUUCAACCACGGCAACAUCCAGUUCUGGGAGUACGCGCAGCACGGCUACGACGCCCUCGGCUUCAUCUCCUGCACAGGCACCAACUUCUUGACGCGGUCGCUGGCGUUUGAGCAAGCGGGGUGGUCGCCGGAGUACACGCUGACGGAGGACUAUGCGCUGGGCAUGGAGCUGCGCAAGCGCAAGUGGAAGUGCCGUUACGUGGAGGAGUACCUGGCAGUGGGAGAGGCGCCCGAGCAAGUCAGAAACUGCUUCCAGCAGCGCUCCCGCUGGGCCAAGGGUCAUUUCCAGAUCGUAUUGUCCAACGAGCACUGCCCGCUGUUCCAGAGGGACCUCAGCUGGUUCCAGCGCCUCAUGUACUGCUCGGGAGUCUGGUCCUACGUUGUGGGUGCCAUCACUGCGCCCAUGUUCAUCGCCAUCCCCCUGGUAACCAUCUGGGCCGGUGUCUUCCCCAUCGUCGUCUCCUGGUGGGCCGCAGUGGGUCUGACGGUGUAUUUCCUGGCGCAAUACAUGGUGCUCAACUACGUGCGCAAGUUCAACCACAUCAAGCCGCUCUGGUUUGCCAACGUGGCCAACAACAUCCUCUGGUGGACCUUCGUCAAGGCCUGCUGGCGUGCCGUGGGGUCGACCAUGGGCAAGGGCAUAACCUUCAAGACCACGCUGAAGGGGCGCGGCAUGCUGAUCGCCAACUCCAUUGGAGACCUGUGGAUGCCCAUGAUCUGCUUCCUCGGCCUCCUCGCCUCCCUCGGUUUUGGCAUGUUCAAGGUGUUCACGGGGCCCACAGUGGUGACGACGCUGUCCAUAUCGCUGGUGUGGAUCAUCUACAGUGCUAUCCCGCCCUACCUGCUCCUGCACUACAACUUCAUUGGCCGCGGCGCCACGCUACGCUGGGCAUGCACGCUCUGCUUCCUCAUCUCCUCCCUCUGCGGCAUUGCGGCAAUCACCCUCCUCUGGCUCGUCUAUCCCACGCAGUAUGACUACAGCGGCAUCAUGGGCAUGACGUACCGCUUCUACGAUGCUGAGCGGGUUGGCGCGCUGCCGGGCAACUACAGCAUCCCCUGGCGCGGCCCAGCCUUCCUGCAGGAAGCUGGCCCCAAGGCGCAGGGCUUUGGCAACAUGACCGGUGGAUUCAUGACCGGUGGGCAGGCGGGCACGCUGAAGAUGACCAUCCCCACGGCCUUCUCCAUGACCAUGCUGGCCUGGGGCAUGCUCGAGUUCCCUCAUGGGUAUGCGAAGGCGAACACGACGGCUGAUGGGCUGGAGACGCUGAAAUGGGGCACGGACUACCUGCUGCGCACGCUGGCCAAGCAGACCAAGGCCGGGCAGCGCUACCCCGAGUACAACAUUGCCUACCAGGUGGGAAAUUACUCGGUGGACCGCGGCAGAUGGGACCGGCCUGAGAACUUCAGAGACAAGCGCCCGGUCUACUAUGUUCCCACCAAGAACGGCACGUCGGAUCUUGGGGGCCAGAUAGUGGCGGCACUAGCGUCCACGGCGAUGGUGUUUCAAGGGGUUGAUGACAAGUACUCCAACAAGCUGAUGCGCGAGGCGCUGGACCUGUACGCGGCCGUCAGCCGCAAGAAGGGUAUGUGGAGCGACCAGUUCCUCUACGCCUGCGCACCACCGGACCCGACGGCGCGGCUGAGCAACCCCAUAAAGCCCUCCUGCAAGCAGCCAGACGUGGCUUUCCGUGGCAGCAUGGUGUAUUGGUACAACAGCACCAGCUGGCGCGAUGACAUGGCGUGGGCCGCCAGCUGGAUGUUCCGGGCCUCGGGGGACCCCAACUAUCUCAGCGACGCCUACGGCUUCUACCGCACCCACAAGGACCUUGAGGGCGACCUUGACACCCGCUACCUGAUUGACUGGGACAACAUGAUAUACCCGACAACAGUGAUGCUGGCCAUGCUGACAGACAACCCCCAGUUCCACAGCGAGGCCCAGGCCUACCUCCAAAAGUGGCUCUGCAGCUCUGGGGACACGAUAAGCUACACGCCGCUGGGCCGCGCUUACAACCGCUUCAACCCGGCGCUUGGGCAGACCAUGAACGCAGCGCUCGUGUCCGUAAUCUACGGCCAGGCCAUCCAGCCGCCAGCCAUCGCCCCCAAACCCUUCGAGACGGUGAGGUACAGUGACGGGCUGAAGAGCCAGAAGUACAUCUGCUGGACGCGCAAGCAGAUGCGCUACAUACUGGGCGACCACGACGUGUCUUAUGUCACCGGCCUCGGCGCGAAGAAGGGGACCCCCCAGCGGGUGCAUGACAGGGGGGCCUCCUGCCCCAGCCCGCCCCAGAACUGCAGCGCCAUCACUGCCCUCUACAACCCCACCCCCAACCCUCACACCCUCACCGGCGCCCUCGUCAUGGACCCGCGCACGUGGGACUUCUUCGACGACAACCGGUCGAGCAACGACACGUGGGUGGCCAUCGACAACAACGUGGGCCUGACUGGCGCGCUGGCCGGCCUCAACCAGGUCACGGGCACCUACGACCAGUGCCUGCAGGGCUACGGCAUCCUCGCACGCGAUGCCGCCAUCUGCGACUCCCACCUCUAG